AUGGCGAUGCUCGAAUCAUUAUUAGGCUACAUGCUGCUAGGGACAGCAUUGGCCAUUGACAAUUAUUGUCCCUUCUAUGGUCCUCAAUAUCCUCCGCCUACUCAUCUGCACCAGAAUAGCAUAUUCAAUGCCGCCACGAACAACAUUACCUCCACUCUCAAUGCUGCUCUUCCAUCGGAUGGUACUAUUAACACAACCUCGUUCGCGAUCCAAAUAUUCUCAACAGAGGGCUCUGCAGAGAAUCCGCUUUUUACAUAUUACUAA